AUGAAGGUAGCUUCGCUGCACGUGGACCCUCAGCAGGGAUUUUCGGAGUUGUGUCCAACCGAGUUGCCGGUUGAAGGGGCGUUGAGCAUAGUGGAUGGGUUGCUGGAGAUGAGCAAGAGAAGUGAUUACGUCUGCGUGAGUAAGGACGCUCACCCAGCCCGUCCAGUUUGGCAGAACCAAGAUUUGUCCUUAUGCGGCCAGUUGAUAUCCCAGUCGGGACGUGCGGCAGCUGAGGGGCAGAAAGGGAAGGAGUGCAAUGCGGACAGGUACUGGCCUCUGCAUUGUGUAGUUGGGACUUCUGGAGGAUCCUUGCUGCCAGGAUUACCGAGUUUAACGAGCUAUGAUUUUGUGGUGUGGAAAGGUAUUGAACCUGACCUCCAUCCAUAUGGCGCGUGCUACCAUGAUCUGCAAGGCAGGCUCUCCACAGGACUAAUUGAAUGGCUGAAAUCGAAAAAUAUUGACCUCGUCCUUGUAGGCGGUCUGGCUACGGAUUACUGUGUCUUGCAGACCGUCCUUCAGCUGCAGCGGGCGGGACUACAAGUGGUGUUAUGCAAGUUUGCUUGCAAAGGCAUUGCUCCUGAAACCACUCGAGACGCACUCAAACAAAUGGCGGCUGCUGGCUGUGAAAUAGUUGACUCCUCGUCCGAGCUAGACGAACAAAUUCAGUGGCGGCGCCAAUGA